AUGGAGGCCAUGCUGCAAAAACUCAGCGAAGGCACGAGAGCGGGCUACGAGGGCGGCUGGCGACUCUGGGUAGCCGCACGCCAGGCGCAGGGGCCUAGCCCUUGGCUGCCAGGGCGCGACCGCGAGGAGCGCCUGGCCGACGAAGAGGCGCCCACCAACUUCGCCGUCCUUCUCGCUCGGGUCGUCGGGGGGACGGAGGGGACCAUCAAGCAAAAGCUCUUCGCGGUCCGCUACGCCCACCUGGUGGCUGGCUACUCGAACCCCCUGCUCCACAGGGGCCGGCUCUGGAGCACCCGAGCGGGGCUCGAGCGCUGGCAAGGACCUGAGACUAAGCGGAAGAAACCAGUCACCCCAGCUAUGCUCGAGUGGCCCCGCGGCUUCCUCCAGCAGGAGGCCGAGCUCCCCGAGGAGGACGCAGUGGUCAUCUGGGCGGCGAUCGACGGGCGCUCGUGGUCUUUCGAGCGCGUGCUGCACGGGGAGGACGUAGAGCCUAGGAGGGGCGGCAAAUGGUUAUCUACAUUCAUCAAGGGCAGCAAGACGGACCAGCUCAACGUCGGGACGGUGAGGAACCACUACCGCGCCAGCACGUCGCUCUGCCCGAUAGCGGCGAUGGAGCGGCUCCAGGCUCACCAUCCCCAGCGGAUAAAGGGCACCGAAGAACGGCUACCCAUUUUCCGCUGGGCGUCAGGUACUCCGAUUCGCAGGGCCGAGAUGCAGCACUUCCUGACAAUCGCGGGGCUGGCCGCCGGGCUCUCCAGAGAGGAAAUCGGCAGCCACUCCUUGAGGAUCGGCGGGGCGACUGCGAUGUACCACGUGACGGGGGACCUCUCCCGGGUGCGCCGGUUCGGGCGCUGGCAGUCGGACGCGUUCCACGGCUACCUGCGGGAGUCGCACGAGCCGAUGAAGGGCGUCUCCAGCAAGAUGGCCAGGGAUACCUCAUCGCUGACCAACCUGGCGAGAGACAGUGCACCCGCCAGAGCCGCCGCCGGCGCCGAGAGCGCCAGGCGCAAGAGCCCAUGA